GUUCAAAACGAUUUCGAGAAAAAAAAAAAAAUCAAAGCAAAAAAAAAAAAUGGCUUUGAAACUAACUUCUCCGCCUUCAGUUUUCUCACAAUCAAGGAGAUUAUCGUCUCCGUGGAUUCCAGUAAGAUCAAAAUCAACACCAAGAGCAUCUUCACUCCCCGGAUUCCGAUUGAGAACCGGAGUUUAUUCAAGCAAACCGGUGCUCCCGUCGUCGUCUACGAAAGUGAGUGUGGCGGCGGAGAGUCCUCCGGCGACAAUAACGGCGGAUGAUUGGGGUAAAGUAUCGGCGGUUUUGUUUGAUAUGGACGGCGUUCUUUGUAACAGUGAGGAGCUUUCUAGACGUGCCGCCGUUGAUGUUUUUGCUGAGAUGGGAGUUGAAGUCACUGAGGAUGAUUUCAUUCCUUUUACGGGAAAAGGUGAAGCCAAGUUUUUAGGAGGUGUUGCUUCUAUCAAAGGUGUACAAGGAUUUGAUACGGAUGCAUUGAAAAAGAGGUUCUUUGAGAUAUAUCUCGAUAAGUAUGCGACGCCAGAAUCAGGGAUUGGGUUUCCUGGAGCACUCGAGCUUGUUACUGAGUGUAAGAAUAGAGGCCUUAAAGUUGCUGUUGCAUCUAGCGCUGACCGUAUCAAAGUUGAUGCGAACCUGAAAGCUGCUGGUUUGUCUUUGACCAUGUUUGAUGCCAUUGUUUCAGCAGACGCCUUUGAGAAUUUGAAACCAUCUCCAGAUAUUUUCUUGGCUGCUGCAAAGAUCUUGGGUGCGCCAACAAGUGAGUGUGUUGUUAUUGAAGAUGCGCUUGCUGGAGUCCAAGCUGCCCAAGCUGCCAACAUGAGAUGUAUAGCUGUAAAAACUUCUUUAUCUGAAGCAAGUCUUAAAGACGCUGGUCCGUCAAUGAUCCGCGACAAUAUUGGAAACAUUUCAAUCAAUGACAUUCUCACUGGUGGCUCAGAUUCUACCAGAAAUUCCACAGCAUUACUUGAAGAGAACAGGACCAGUGAAAAAACCAGCGAUAAUGGGUUUCAGGGCUCUCGACGAGAUAUACUGAGGUACGCAAGUCUUGGCAUUUCUCUUUCUUGUGUCUACUUUGCUGCCACCAACUGGAAGGCAAUGCAAUAUGCUUCUCCGAAAGCUUUGUGGAAUGCAUUGGUUGGAGCAAAAACCCCUUCUUUUACACAGAACCAAGGUGAAGGAAGAGUGCAACAGUUUGUUGAUUAUAUUGCUGAUCUAGAGAGCAAGCAAACGGCUACAACUGUGCCAGAAUUCCCGUCUAAACUCGACUGGCUAAACACUGCCCCUCUCCAGUUACGCCGGGAUUUAAAAGGGAAAGUGGUUGUACUUGAUUUUUGGACGUACUGCUGCAUAAACUGUAUGCACGUAUUACCGGAUCUAGAUUUUCUUGAGAAGAAGUACAAGGACAUGCCUUUCACCGUUGUGGGUGUACACUCCGCUAAGUUCGACAAUGAGAAGGAUUUAGAAGCCAUACGAAAUGCAGUUCUACGUUAUGAUAUCAGCCACCCGGUUGUAAACGAUGGUGACAUGUACAUGUGGAGAGAGCUCGGCAUCAACUCGUGGCCUACAUUUGCUGUGGUUUCUCCAAAUGGCAAAGUCAUUGCACAGAUUGCCGGAGAAGGUCGCCGCAAAGAUCUUGAUGAUUUGGUGGCAGCAGCUCUGACGUAUUAUGGUGGAAAGAAUGUAUUAGACAGUACUCCACUUCCAACACGUUUGGAGAAAGACAACGAUCCACGUUUGGCCACGUCUCCAUUGAAAUAUCCCGGGAAGUUGGCUAUUGAUACUCUUAAUAACAGACUAUUCAUCUCAGAUAGUAACCAUAACCGUAUUAUUGUAACUGAUCUUGAAGGAAAUUUCAUCAUCCAAAUCGGUAGCACUGGAGAAGAAGGUUUCCAAGAUGGUUCCUUCGAAGAUGCUGCAUUUAAUCGUCCUCAGGGACUCGCUUAUAAUGCUAAGAAGAAUCUUCUUUAUGUUGCUGACACCGAGAAUCAUGCUUUGAGGGAGAUUGAUUUUGUCAACGAGAGAGUACGGACUCUGGCUGGUAAUGGAACUAAAGGCUCAGACUACCAAGGUGGAAAAAAAGGAACUAAACAGCUUUUGAAUUCUCCUUGGGACAUAUGCUUUGAGCCGGUGAAUGAGAAGGUAUACGUUGCAAUGGCAGGUCAGCACCAGAUUUGGGAGUACAAUGUGCUUGAUGGUAUUACUCGAGUUUUCAGUGGAAACGGAUAUGAAAGAAACCUUAAUGGUUCUACACCUCAGACUACAUCAUUUGCCCAGCCCUCUGGAAUCUCAUUAGGCCCUGAUUUGAAGGAAGCAUAUAUUGCUGAUAGUGAGAGCAGUUCUAUCCGUGCCCUUAAUCUUCAAACUGGAGGAUCUAGAUUGCUCGCUGGUGGUGAUCCGUAUUUCUCUGAGAAUCUUUUCAAGUUUGGAGACAAUGACGGUGUGGGAGCAGAGGUUCUCCUACAACAUCCGUUAGGUGUAUUAUGCGCAAAGGAUGGUCAAAUUUAUCUAACAGAUAGCUAUAAUCACAAGAUUAAGAAGCUGGACCCUGUAACCAAACGUGUUGUUACUGUCGCUGGAACGGGAAAAGCUGGUUUCAAGGAUGGGAAGGGCAAGGGUGCUCAGGGGUGACCUAGGUUACUAAAA